CAUAGCUUCACAUCAGAAUAAUUUCAAGGCAAGCUCAUCAAUAAAGACGCUGUGGAAGGGAUGGCGGAGUGAUGUGUGUGUAGGGGGGUGAACACGAUGAGAGGCAUCAGGUUCGCGGUCGGUCUUGUUCCGCCCUGAGAAGGUCCCCUAGUUAGCGGCAAUUUUUGCUUGCUACCCCGGCGGAGACCAUCUUCCACGUACCCUUGCAGGACCGCUGUCUCACAACGGGUACACCUAGAGACGCGCUCUUGUGUCGUGUCGGGCAACGUGGCCGAACCAUGUCAACUUCCGCCCCUUCUGGGUAGACCCACGGUGGUGGCGACUGCGCAGCAAAGAAAUUUGUCUUAUGUUCUCUGUAGGAGAUCCAGAAGGUUGAAGAAUCUUCCCUAGCAGCAUCGGAAACCAUAAGCUCAAGGGGUCCACCAAGUUUGUCUUGAUCCGACUGUGAUACAGGGGAAUUCCGAGGCACUUCAGCUCGGUGAGCAAGGUCCAAGUUUCGCAUCAUGGGGGCACCGGGAACUUGUACAGCAGGCAACUUUGUGCUAAAGCUGAUUCUUCUACUAUCCCAAAUCUUCUUGAGCCGUGCCAUUGCUUUCGCUGUUGCGACGCUGAGACGAAUGUUUGCCGCAAGCUAUCUGUCUUGGAGAUGGUCGCACCCAGACAUAGUGUCACUUUGGAGACAAAGAAAAGAGUUGUCCAACGCCUCUUUAAUUAUUCCAGCAGAUCUCUCGGCAAUUGUGACGAGCUUAGUCAAAAUGAAAGUUUUGAUGUCUUACCAAAGACUGAUUACACAUAUGCCAGAACGGGGAGCUACAGUCCUAGGCUCUUACGGAAAACAUAUGUAAGUCCAAAUAUGUCCAGACGUAGGCUUCAUGGUGAAGUGACACCUCCCAUAAGCAUGCUGGAGGAUUCUGAUUCAGAUCUGGAAGUGGAUGGUACUACUGUUACAGACAAAGAAGCUGUAGAUCAAGUGAGAACUACAGAGAUCAGUGUGAAUGACAGCUUAAAUCAUUAUUUUUUGGUGCAAACGGAACAGCACAAUGAAGACAGUGAUAUUGGUUCUGAUGACAUGGACUCUAAUGAAGUGAGCUAUAAUUCAUACUUGAAUGGCAAACAUCAGUCUGAUAAGAAGAAUAAAUUGCUGCAUCUGUCCAAAGAAUCAAGAGGUCUUGAUUCCAGAGGCUUUGAUGGAAUGAUCCUAAGAUCAGGCAAUCACUUGAGAGGUGUAAAGAAUUUCUUAGCUGGUAAUAGACGCAACAGCACCUCGACUCUCAGCAGUACCACAGUCAACACGCUAAUCACUUCAAAAGAGACUCGCACCAGUUGCUCGGCUGCAAACGUGCUUGAGAAGCAGCAGAUGGAUAAUGGCUUUCUGGCGUAUAGAAAUGCCAGCAAAACUGUUUUAGAGGUGGAUAAUCAAGAAACCAAUAUCAACAACAGUGCAGGAUUUAAAAAGCGAAAUGCAAGGUCCACUGCAGAAAAAAGGCGUCUACGGAAUUCAUCAUCUUCUAGAGAAGACUUGCUUGAGCGAAAUGAACACAAACGCGUGUCUGAUGAAUAUGAAUCUGAAAAACGAGGUCACCGCAUAAGGCACAUGUAUGGUUUGGACUCAGAUAAUGAACUUUCUGAUUCUGACUUAUACUCUCAAAGACCAUCAGAAAUGCAUUCUCACAACACAUCCAGAAAUACAGCCAGAGAUUGGAGGACUUUCUUUGGACUAGAAGCCUUGAUGUAUCUCCUGUCAAGCUUUCCACCAGCAAGAAUGGGACAUGCAAUGGCAACUGGGAUUCUUGGUAGGGUGGGAAUGCCCGCAUUUAGGUUUGGCACAUUUGGAUCUAGAUGGAUGAUGAGGAAAAUCACUGCUGUUGCAUCUUACUUUCUUCUUCUAGAUUCAUGGCUUCUUAGCAGGAGGCUCAGAAAGGGUUGGUGUUUGAUCAUACCAUUGUUGCUGUUCCUACCAUUGUUCUUCAUGGGAACUCAAUAUAGUUCACACCUGAUGUCCUCAAAACCAUCUUUUAUGUCAACUUUCCUUGGAGAAUCCGAAACUCAACCUUUCUCUAAGUUGCAGUGGUAUCAGGCAAGCUACAUCCGUGACCCGCUGACCCUGCAUGACGAAGUACACAAAAUUGUACUACAGCUACUAUCACAAAAUCGGCAAUGGCUUACACGUGAAGAAGUGGAGAGCUUAGUGCAUAGUAAGCUGAGACCUGAAAUGGAAUCUGUCCGUAUCAGCCUACUCAAUAUAGUAAAUGAAGUUAACAUGGAGCAGGAUAAUUUAAAAGUGGAACAACAGGACAACAAAGCACGCCUUUUAGCCAUAGAACAGCAACUGGCAGUUCUUCUUGGAAAAACAAAGAGUCUGGAAAAUGAUUGGACAAAAGCAAGAUCUAGCUUUGAAAAGAAUUUUGCCACUGAACGAGAGAAACAGAAAAAGGUGCUUGUUGGAAUGCAGACUUCACUUGAAGAUGUGCAGACGCAGACAGAAGAACUUCAAAAGAAAUAUGUAGGGAUUCUUAAUCAUCAACACAAAUGUUGCAUUAAUGACUCCAUGUUUACUAAUUCUAUCCGUGCUGAAGUCAACAGUAUGAUCACAGAGAUGCUUGGAAAGAAGGAAGGUGAUGGUUCAUUUUCUGGAUGGCUUAACCAGCGUUAUGUGAACCGUAAAGAGUUUGAUCGUCAGCUACGUCUUCUGACAGCAGACAUAACAGAAAGACUGAGUUCAUCCAUGGAAAAUCAUCGUACAAAUAUUGUGAUGCCACCUGGUUCCAAAACCCUAAGUGAAGAUGCGGUCAAACUGAUAGUAGAAGAUGCAUUGUUAAAGUAUAGUUCUGAUCGGACAGGCCUGCCUGAUUAUGCCUUGGAAUCAGGUGGGGGAAGUGUGAUUAGCACUCGUUGUUCAGAGACCUAUUACAAAAAGACUGCUCUUGUCAGCAUCUUCGGUAUUCCCCUUUGGUAUACAAGCAACUCACCGCGCACUGUCAUACAGCCAGAUGUGCAUGCAGGGCAGUGCUGGGCAUUUAAAGGAGAGAGUGGAUACUUGGUAAUACAGCUUGCAGUACCAAUCAGGCCGACAGCCUUUUCUUUGGAGCACAUUCCAAAGUCCUUGUCUACAACAGGAAAGAUUGACAGUGCCCCUCGAGACUUCGAAGUCUAUGGACUGGAGUCUGAAACAGCUACAAAAGGCAUAAAUCUAGGCAAUUUCUCAUAUUCUACAGUGGGUAAACCUAUUCAGCACUUUGAAGUGCAGAUACAAAAUCCUGGAGUGUUUCGGUUUAUUGAGCUACGCAUUCUCAACAACCAUGGAAACAAAGAAUACACCUGUGUGUACAGAUUCCGUGUACAUGGAGUGCCUCAGUAGCUGCUGUGCAUGGGAUACUUCUUUGGCCUUAUGUGGAAAACCAAAAAAGAGUAUUUAUCUUGAUACUUGUAUGCCUUUCUUCAAUCCUGAUAAAAAAGGAAAAAUAAAGAAGAAGCAUGAAAUGAGGAUUCCAAGGUUGUCUUCUACCAUAUUGGAUUCGGUGAAAAAAAUAAAAUGCAAGUCAGAAAUAUAUGGUAAUGUAUAUUUGUCUCAGGAAUUAUUCAGUCUUUACGAUUUUUGGCUACACAUCCUUAAACUUAAAGAGACUGGUAUUAAGUGAUUUUCCAGAUUUUUCUUCCCACUUUUUCUUCUACGUUCUCAUUUCCUUAUACUUAAGCUCUAUGUAGGAGAGCAGGUACACUUUCUCCUUUUAGAAAAAUGUAAGUUCACUAAAUGUAUGAAGACUUUAAUCUUAAAUCUUGUCACUGACAAUGACAGUAUAAUUGCAGUGGAAUUUCAAUAGUCUCUUAUGUAUUAUGUUCAUUUAAAAAAAGUCUGAUUUCUUUUGUGAGAAUUUGGCAGAUUACAUAGUUUAAUUAGUUUCUUCUCAGUUAUGUACACAUGUAGACAAAGUAACAUUUUAGUCUAAGAAGGGGAUGAGAGUGUUGAAAUAUAUCUUAUUAAUGCUUUGAAUAAACAUAGCUUUUAUUUAAUAAAAAAAAAUUGUUAGUACAUCUGUUAUUUAUAUCAAAGAUGUCCUUCAAACUAAUAAAAAAAAAGAUUUGGUGAAAUUAUUGCAGUCUUUCUCUGAACAAAAAUAUGUAAUGGCUGUGUAGCAUAAUAUUUUGUAUGAUGAUGCAUUGUUAAUGUUGUGAUGUUCAUUGACACAGGCAGCAUGAGAAAGAGAGGAGGUGGGGGGGGGGAGGAAGAAUGCAGGUAUGUAAGAGAGUAAGGGGCAUGUGCAAAUGUGAGAUAGUAAGAUCUGUUAUCAGUGUCACAUCUCUUUUAGGGUGUAAGACCUGAAGAUACUCUGUUUUCAGUAAGCUUGCCAUAGCCUCAUACUUAUGAAACUUGGUUUAUUAGAGUUUUAAGUUAAUUUCAGUUUUGUGAUAGUGUGUCAUUUAUUACUUUGGAUACCUUAUUGUGAUUCACCGAAAGCUUGUUUGUAUGCACACACAUAUAUGUACUACAUGCACAUGAGUGCCUGCAUGUGUCUGUGAGUGAGAGAGGUGGAGGGGAGAAAAUACAAGGCAGUGAGACAUGAAAUAAUGACUUGUAAAGAGUUCUAAUUUCAUCAUUGAAAUGUUCUCAAAUAUUUGUUUUUAAUGCUUUUUAUCUUUUAAUUUUUCCACUUUAAAGAAAAUUUCAUAUGGUUUCCUUCGAUAGCAUUGUAGUUUCAUGAAAGAUUCCAAAUUGCUCACUUUAUAAUCUAGUGCACUACAGUUUGUUUUAAGCUUUAAACUGUUUCAGCAAGAACUGGAAGUUUCAAAAUUUAGCGUUCGUUCUUUAUCAUUCGGAAGGAGAAUGCUUAAAAUAACAUUCAGAUUUUUCAAGUAUAAUUGUAUCAAUCCCAGAAAAUUAACAGAAUUUUAUUGGCAGCAUAUGACAGGUACAUGGAUGUGUUUUUGAAUGCACUGGACUGCAACAGCUGUACUUUCAGAGAAAAAGUGUAUUUUUUAUUUAAAAUAAUCCAUGCUUUUAUAGCCAGGUACCUUUUUUACCAGCAAUUUAAACAUUUACAUGCAAACAAAGAAUGUAUGGUUGUGAUCCAUUCUUUUGCAGAAUUCGCCUAAACAAUGUUAAUAUAAUGAUCUCUCAAUUAUCUUUGGUUCGUUUGGUGCCAUGAGCCUGCCUUGUGAGUAUUUUGAUGAUGUGUGUGAUUUUAAUCAAUUCAUAAAAUAGUGCCUGUUACAUUUUGAUGAACUGUUAAUUAUCUAUAUGCAAUGUAUCAAAAAUGUUUACAUUAUCACACAUUAUAGAUAUGCCUUCAAUAUGAGUGCAUAGCUGCAUGUCAGUGCUAUAGCAAUAAUUAUAGAAGUUCAAAAAAAAGUGUUGAGAGUAUAUUCAUGCUAUUUGAGCUAAUAUAUGUGUAUGUUUAGCUUGAGGUUGAUUAUACAAAAUACCAAGUUUUGACAACUGUGAUGUGAUGAUGUACAUGUGCAGAUGUUUUUUUAUAGAUCACAUACUUAUAUGAAAGUGUUGCUUCUUAUUUAUGCAAGUAUAUUUAAAGUUACAAAGUAUUUAUUUCUAUUUAAAAAAAAAACAAACUAGGAUCAAUGUGUGCUACAUUUUUAGUUUGUAAAUGGUAUGUGUAAUAACUACAUUUUUGAACAGAAAAAGUUUAGCUGUGUAACUAUUCCAUAAGACACUACCUUUUUUUUCAAAAAUAGUUUGUUUUUUAAAGAUCCCUUCCUUUACAAAAAACAAAACAAAACAGACAAAGUUAACAUACUUUUGAAAAAAAUUAGGGCAACUUUGCAAGUUUAAAUGAGAUCCUAGUUAGUUUUUGAGUAACAUAAGUAAUGAUGUGGUAUCCAAAGGUGUAUCUAAAGAUCAAUCCCCCCUACCCGCACCGCACCCCACCCCCCCAAAAAAAAAACUACAGCAAAAGCAGAUUGUGUCAAGGAGGGAAAAACUAAUACUGCUAGAAAGAGACUUGCCGGUGCAAACAAAUUCCAGAAAUUCAUAUUAUACUCAUAGAAUAUUAUAUAGCAUUUUAUUUGUAGUAUAACAGUACUUUUGAUUGUUGAAAUCUAUUUGAAAUUAUGCAAUAUACAUUUACAAAUAUAAAAGGAAUGGUUAUACACUAUUGAAGUGACAGUAACAUAUUUGAACUAGAAUCUCAAGGAUGGUUCAUGUUUUUUAAUUAACUUUAACAUCUCUUAACAAAUGAAACUUAAUUGAAGUUAUAGCCUUCUACUUCUACUUCCAUUGUGAAUACUUAAGCCAGCUACUACAACUUUUAAAAGAUUUCAAAAUAAAAUGUGAUGUGCUUACUUAUUGUUGUCCUUGUUUAAUCCCAUGAACAACACAUUACUAGGCAUUAUCUGGGUGGCUUACACAAAGUCAUCAGCUACCUACAUUUAGUUAGAAUUUAAGCUGACUUUUGUGUUAGUUGUCUAGGUAACACUUAAUGAUGUGCUGUAUGCCUAGCCCUAGGUCUUUCCACCUUGAGAGUUUUUAGUACCCUACUGUAAUGUAUGAUCCCCUUUUUAUGCCGGUGGUUGAAAUUUUUGAAUUUGUGCAUGAAAUUCAUGUACGUGACCUACAGAUAUUCAAGGAACAAGAGAAAAACAAUUAUUUGUUCCAGUAAUGAAACAUGAGGCAUAAAUGGGUUAAUGUUUUGAGUACUGCUUUGUGCUUAUACCAGUGCUUUGUGUUUGGUUUGCAUUUAUUGCAUUCUCAUUAAUAAUAAAGAUUAUGGAAUUUUCCUUCA